CCUCGUCAGCCCUCCACACUCCACACUCCACAGCCGCCGCACCGCCGGCCAACCAAUCCGGCAAUCCCCCUCCCGGCCACUGCUCCGGCCACCGAUUCCCGCGUGCUGCGCGACGCGAACCGGAACCGCUGCUUGCCUUCUCGGUCCAUUCUACCCCGCAUCCAUGGCGGAGGAGGCGGCCGCGACGUUGGCCGGCGGCGACAAGCUCAUCCUGCGGGGCCUGCAGUUCCACGGCUUCCACGGAGUCCUGAAGGAGGAGCAGACGCUGGGACAGAAGUUCGUCGUCGACAUCGACGCCUGGAUGGACCUCGCCGCCGCCGGCGAGUCCGACAGCAUCGCUGACACCGUCAGCUACACCGACAUCUACGGCAUUGCUAAGGAUGUCAUCGAAGGCACGCCACACAACCUCUUGGAGUCGGUGGCUCACUCGAUCGCAAAGGCCACGCUGCUCAAGUUCCCUCAGAUCUCCGCGGUCCGAGUGAAGGUUGGCAAGCCACAUGUCGCAGUGCAAGGCGUCCUGGACUAUCUGGGCGUGGAGAUAAUGAGGCACAGAAAGAAAGAAUGAGAUGUUAUACUUAUACACAUGUGCCAUGUGGUGAUGGGCAGCCAGUUUAAUGUUGAUGAUGGUACUGCAGCUGUAACCAUAAUCCACACUUGUUGGCAAUUUACCCUGUCGAACACAACUUGGCAUCAUGUUUGAUGAACAAGAGAAUUUGACAGUGACACUGACUGUGUGAGCUGAGAUGGGAAUAUUGUUUCCCGCUUGCAUGCAUUUGCAGCUUAUAUAGCUCAAAUAAAGGUUUAUGGGCAAUUUCCUGUGAAGCCUGCCAUGGUAGACAGUAAAAAAAUAAAGCCUGCAUGGUAUGGGAUCAAUUUGUUGUGUCCCUGCCCCAGUUUGUACUGGUACGAGUGCAUCUGACAUACGCUGAUGUGCAGUUUUUUUUUUUUGACGAGAGCUGAUGUGCAGUUGAUUUACAGAUACUUUUUGGUAGACGAAGAGUACUGAUUGUACGAAACUGUUUGUGUGAA